AUGUUCUCUAUCCCCACGCUCUUUGCCGCCCUCGGGCUGGUCUUGCUAAAGCAAACUCUGCCAGUCGCUGGGCAUGGCUUCAUCCAAUCUGUGACGAUCAAUGGAUACGAUUGGCCUGGGUUUGAUGAGCCACACUGGACGAAACCAUCUGGAAGUGCGGUCAUGGUGACCGACUACCUCGAACCGCUCUAUGAUGUCAAUGCCAGAGAGAUUGCGUGUGGCAAAAACGCCCAGGCGGCGCAGGGUAUUGCGACUGUGUCGCCAAAUGACCAAAUUCAGUGGCACUGGGUUACACAUAGUUACAAGCCGUGGACGCACAAUGAAGGUACAAAGCGAUCCUGGAUCGCGAGUUGCAAUGGAGAUUGCUCGAGUGUGGAUCCUACGACGCUCCAAUGGGUCGAGCUGACCUCGGACUUUACGGGCCCACAGACAUGGAAUGGAGUCUGGCCCGUCAAGAUUAUCGCAGAUGGUCAUCCCUGGAUUGAUAAGGUUCCGCCGGCCCCGAAUGGAGACUAUUUGAUCCGCAACGAACUCACGGCAUUACACUACUCUUGGCAACCGUAUGGAUAUUCUGAUGGAUCUGGCCAUGGAUGGGGGAUUGAAAUGUACCCUACGUGUAUGGCGAUCCGGAUCACAAACUCACCAGGGACAUAUGACAUGACCAUGGCGACGUCGUUCCCGGGUGCAUAUACGGUUAACCAAAAGGGACAUUAUAACCCAGACUUGUGGAAAGAUCCGAACAGUGUUGGGAUUGCCGAAACGAACAAGUUUCCGCGCAGUCAGGCAAGUCCGGCGGCACCAGGACUACUACUACUACUACAACAGUGGUGA